UUCUGCUCCUGCUAAUGGAGUGGGAGGGACGUAGGAGGAGUGAAUAAUGGGCAAUGCAUGAGGAGGGCCAAAAUAAGAAAGCAAGGGAUGAUCAUAACCAUAUGGAGAGGGUGUUUGCUGAGAGGGAAAGACUGAGCAACAGCAGAAAGAAAAGGAGGGAGACACAAAGAAAAAGAUUGAAUUUUAAGAAAGACAAUGUGUUGUCAGAGGAUAAAGACGUUUAUAAGCUAAGGCUCAACCAGAUGUGAGAGGACUUGAUUGAGGAAAGCAGUGUUUUGCUUUGGAAACAAUAGUAAAGAGUCAGGAAGAAAACAGACAGGAGGCAGAAGAAGGAAGUAGUUUGCUGUUUCACGCGCUGAUGGUGUAGCUGAGCCCCUCACAAGAAUGCUCCUGGCUCUGCCUGCCAUCUGGAAUGUCGAGUCACUUCCUCUGUCUGUCCUGCGCUUUAACAGGGUUGUCCUCUGUGUCUCUGCUCCCACCCUCUGCUCUGACAGCAGUCUGAAGAAGACCACACCACUUCGGAAAGGACUAUCCUUGUAGCAGCUCACACACAUUAACUCUGAAAGUCAGACCCCUGCACCAGCCCACAUCCUUCCAGACUCACUCUUAAUGGAACCAGGACUUGUGGGGGGGAAACAGAGAAGACUGCAGCCAUCAACUGAACGUAUAGUGAGGGAGUUUCUUUUCCUUAUAUGGCAGCAAAGCUGGGAAGUCAUUUGAAUUAGUCUGGUUUCUGUCUAGUUUUAAUGCUGACUGAGUUCCAUCUGGUGCUUAUGUGUGUGGGUGGCGUGUGUGCAGCUUAAUUUGUUUGUUUUGCCAUUCUUGGUUCCUCUUUUCCAAUUGUUUGCAUGCAGGCUUUUGUUUUGGCAUAAGAAGGAGGGCUUGUGUUUGUGGUUUAGCUCAAGGCAACGUCAUCGCUUCAGGAGUGGCUGCUUCAUUCAGACUUCUUCUCUUCCUUGCUCCACCGUGAUAGUCUGUGUUUGUUGGAUCAACACACGACGCAUACACACAACUGGGUGGAGCAGCUCACAACUUAAAUCAGCAACUGGGGCUCCAUAGAGAAGGAUACUACCAGGAUGGAGGACUGCAGCUUUCGCUGAGAAGUGGAGGGCGUGUUGGAGUGGAAUAACCUGGAGAUAACAUUUUUUCACAUCUGCUUCCUUCAGACCAACAGGAUGGGUGACCCAGAAGCAACCAGAAAGGACCCAGGAAGUGCUAGAAUCAUGGGGAGGCUUUAAAUACUCAAGCAGACCACAGCGGUUUUCUGAUGCUGCUGACUUGCAAGAGAGACCUCUGGUGCGAAGAAAUCUCUGCAAGUGUAAAGCAGCUGGAAAUGCAACCUCUGCUGCGUUCAUAACCUCAUGUGGAUUAUUCUCCUGAGCAUUUCUCUCCUCAUCGAUUGCCAUGGCUUCAGCAUCAUGGUACCAUCGUGACAUCAGCCGUGUGAGAGCGGAGGACUUGCUGGCGCGGGCGGGGAGGGAUGGCAGCUACCUGGUGAGAGACAGUGAGUCAGUGCCUGGAGCCUAUGCAUUGUGCCUGCUGUUUCAACGUCAUGUCCACACGUAUCGCAUUCUUCCUGACCCGGAUGGUCUUCUGGCAGUUCAGACAACCCAAGGCGUGCAGGUGAACUGUUUUCGGACACUGGAGGACUUGGUGUUGGGAUACCAGCAACCCCACAAAGGCUUAGUCAUCCCUCUUCUCUACGCUGUUCCUUGUGACACAGACGCAGGGGAUGAGAGCUCAGACGAUGAGAAGCCGUCUCUCAUCCAAGCCCCGGUCAACACAGUGUCACCCGUGGGAACACCAACAAAACCAGCCCCUCAUGCCUUGUUCCUGGAGAAGCUGCUUGAGAUGAACACAUCUAACAUUGCAGGUGAAGUGAUUGGCCUGCUCAAUGACUACCUCUUCAUUGAUUUGCCCCUGGACUUGGAGAAUGUGCAUAAAGGGGCAACAACUUUAUAUCACCUCAAGCGCACUUUGGCUACAGCCUGCCAAGGCCUCAACAGUGAGAUAGAUCUCACUCUUUCCAGUCUAGAAACCUUGGCUAAAGUCUUCGACCAUCCCAGCUGCUCUUUAACUCCUAGCAAGGCACAGGGUCCAGAGAAGGAGAUUGAUAGCUUGUUGUGUAAAAUCUCAGCUUUGAUCAGCCUCCUUUCUUCGUUGGAGAAAAAGGUUCUGCAAGCAUUACAAGAUGCUGUGACAAACCAUAACCUGGCAGUGCAGCCCAGCCCGCCGCCUCCUGAUCCAGCGCCCACCAUUGUAACACCUGCAAAGACCAACACAAGGCAGCUGUCUGUGCACUCCUUUCAGGUGAAGAUGGUGAGGUACGGCAGACAAAUUGUCUCUGUGGAUGUGGACGCUGGAGUCCUGCUGUUUGACAGGAAGUCGAGUGCAUUUGGUAUCGAGAAAGUAUCUCAAAACAGGAUUCUUCAGAUUGUUAAGUUCCAAAAUCACCCAGCCAAGAUCCGGAUGGUUGUUGACAGCUACCACAGCACACCGCGGGAGAUGACAUUUGAGAGUGCACGGAAAUGCGACUCGUUCUGCCAGCUCCUCCUGCUGAUGAAGUCCAGGCACUCUCAGCUGGAGGAACCUGACAUGGUCUCUGUGUUUGUUGGCACCUGGAAUAUGGGUGGUUCCCCUCCUCCUCGGACCUUGCAGUCGUGGGUGACCUGUUGUGGUUUGGGACACACUCCUGAUGAGUCGACCGCUUUGCUUCCUCACGACAUCUAUGCAUUAGGCACUCAGGAAAACCCUCAGGGGGAGAGAGAGUGGACAGAGCAAAUCAAAUCAACUCUUCGCAGCUACACUCAAAUCGACUUCAAACUCGUGGCAGUGCAGUCCCUCUGGAAUAUGAGGCUGGCUGUGUUUGUAAAUCCGGAGCAUGAGAGUCGAGUCAGCCAUGUGAACACAGCCAGUGUAAAAACUGGUCUUGGAAACACCCUGGGAAACAAGGGAGGAGUUGGAGUCUCCUUCCUCUUCAAUGGGACUUCUUUUGGGUUUGUGAACUGCCACCUGACCUCUGGAAGUGACAAAGUGCUAAGGAGGAAUCAGAGCUUUGUGGACAUCCUCAGACUGCUUUCCCUGGGUAACAAACAUCUCUCUGCCUUUGACAUCAGCCUUCGUUUCACUCAUCUCUUCUGGUGUGGAGACCUCAACUACAGGCUUGACCUGGAUGUACAGGACAUCCUGAAACAUGUUUCCAAAAGAGAAUUUGAGGAGCUCAUGUUUGCAGACCAGCUGACUCGAGAAAGACAGAAAAGGAAAGCAUUUUUCAAUUUCAAGGAAGAAAAGAUUGCAUUUCCACCCACCUACCGGUAUGAGAGAGGCUCCAGAGACUGCUAUCUUUGGCAGAAGUACAAGACGUCAGGAGUGCGAGUUAAUGUUCCAUCGUGGUGCGACCGGAUUCUGUGGAAGUCCUACCCAGAAACGCACAUCAUCUGCACGGCCUAUGGUUGCACUGAUGACAUCUUCACAAGUGAUCAUUCACCUGUUUUUGCCACUUUCCAAGUGGGAGUGACGUCUCCGUGCAGCAAAUCAGAUUCAAACUCCAGUGUGGAGAGAGCCUGGAUUGAGCUGGAAGAAAUUGACACCAUAGUAAAGACUGCAAGCAAGUCCAAGUUCUUCAUCGAGUUUCAUUCCUCAUGCCUUGAAGAGACACAACGAUCCAGUGAGAAUAAUUUACAAAGCUGUGAUGUUCCUGGGUUUCUCAAACUGGGCUGGACCUGCAAACAGCUCCCGAAGCUCAUUCCAGUCGUGUCUGACCUGGAGUAUCUCCAGGAUCAGCACUUGCUGCUGUCUGUGAAGUCCUGCGAUGGAUAUGAAUCUUACGGUGAAUGUUGUGUUGCUCUGCGGUCGGUGAUGGGCUCGUCGCAGAAAUUUGAGACAUUUUUGACUCAUCGUGGUGAGGAGAUGGGCUCCAUACGAGGACGGGUCAGAGUUCACGUAUCCAAGGACAGGCGAGGCGCACGGAAGAAGAUUUAUGACUUGUUCUGUUUUGAGAAAGACGAUAAAGGUCCUGGAAGGGGACACGUGUCUCAUGCAGCAGCACGGAUCACAGUGACUCGGCCAUCAGGAGUGCCUGUUAAACCUACAGUGAGCAGCUACACCAAUCCUGCCUACUUCAUCUUUGAAGGCGUAUCAGUUCCACACAGGGUGGAGGAGGCCCUUCCUCAGCGAAGGGACCCCCAGGUCAUCUGGUCUGGAAACGAAGCCCUGCAGCUUCCAAAAGUGUCAGUGCGGCAGGGCUUCGACAGGAGACCCUGUCACAGAUCAGACUUUACCGAAAUUGAAAUCCCAGCCAUCUUGUCCCAGUGCAACCUAACCAAAGACCUUCAUCCGUCCCAAACCAACUCGUCCUAUCAGCUCUUUCCAGCCCAAAACCAGGCUCCAGUGUCUCCUUCCCCAAGAAAUCAUGUCCCUCAAUUCCAGGAACCGACGUCACAAAUCGGAGAAAAAUACCAAGGAAAACUAAAUGUUCAUGACUCCAUGCAGCCUGAAGGCAACAUUUGCAUCAACCACUCUGAUAUCACACAUAAAAACACCAGAAGAGAUAAACGCCAGCUUCAACCAAGGAGGAGAAAUGCCAUGCAGCCAAAGUCCCCGUCCCUUCUGCCUUACACCCCCACCUCUUUGACACAUUGUCAGCACUCUGUUUCCUGGAUCGUUGAGAAGCAACCCCCGACAGGAGACAACCUCACCGCUUUGCAGAUUGCCAAGUCCCUCAGUGAGGUCGACUUCUUCCCCUCAAAGGAAAGAGGCCCGUCUGUAGUCAGACAGAGGGCGAGUUAUGGAAACGGCCCGUCCAUGCAUGGAGACCGAGGCUACGUCUGGGAUAAAGAGGUGUCUGUCCUGAAAGGUGCACCAGAAACUGUGCAGGAGCUUCUCAGUACUUUAGGUCUUCAAAAGUACACCCUGGGACUCAGCCUCAGUGGUUGGGACGACCUGGAUUACUUCAGUGGGAUCACAGAGGAGGAUCUGUGUGCAGCAGGUGUAACAAACCCGUCACACCGGCGCAGGAUCCUGGAAAACCUUCCCAGGAACUGGAACUGACAGAAAGCCAGUGCUGCAAACUCCUGAACUGUCUGCUCUUAACCUGAACUGGAAAAACUUUCAGAACAGAUCUCUCUCUGAUCUGAAGCGUCACAUUUGCUGGACACCCGUCGUCUUUUAAUCUGCUCUAUUAAAACUGUAACACAAGGUUAUUUGUGCCAAAACAGAGAAGGAAACAUAAUGCAUGAAGUACUUAUUGCACAUUAUAUGUUGUUCAUCUGGAGCUUAGAUAACUGACCAAGAAGUGGAAGAAAUGAUAAUGACAUUAAAGCCUCUGUGAAUUGAUAUAAAAACAUAACUCUCUUAUUUUCCACAGCUCAUUUGAAGUCCAGGUUUACCAUCUGUUUUCCACUAUGUACUAUUUUUUUUUUACAUUGCUACUAUUGAGCCACAGUGAUCAGUGUUAUAAUAAAUCAAAAGAGCAUAAACUCCAACCAUAUCUACAGGAAGCCUGCCUGGAAACCUCUCUAGAAACCAUCCCAUCUCUUUUUUAUUGUUUACUCUGUCCUAAUGUUGCUAUCAAGUCACGUAAUCAGUAGCUGCAUCUACUGCACAUGUUUAUAAAGUUGAUAAAGCAACACUUGAAUGCCACCAAGCAAUGAUGUGUCUUCUCAUGCUUUCAAGCAACAGCGAGGAAGAUAUAUCUCCCAUUUAUGACCUCUAGUUUCCAUUUCAGGGCUCUGCUAAUGUCCUGUAUUAUCCUGCUCAUACGUUGUUUGAUUACGCUAACUUGGUGAUGUAGUGCUGCUAAGCCACAUGCGAGAUUGACCAAAAAUGUCAAUAUUUACAAGUCAAUUAGGAGAUUUAGACUGAGGUUUGGAGAGAAUGACUGUAGUUUUUUUUUCCAUCUGUAAGAUUCCUACAAUGAUAUGGUGGUGUCUUCUGUCAGAGUCCUCCAGAUGUUGGUGAGGUGAUGCUUCAGCAAUGAGACUCUGCAUGCAUGACUUUGAUUAGCAAAGUUUUGUGACAAACUGCAGCACAACUAAAUCGUGAGGAAAUCUUGGCCCAAUCAUAGUGAAGUCCCCUUGAUCGCGAGACCGUUCUGGUCAACACAAAGUAGAUGUUAUCACAUAUAUGUUCCAGAUAUAGGCAUGUUUGGGUGAUGGCAGUGGAUCGUUUGCUACUGGAGUCCAUAGAUUUGACUUGUUUUUCAAACUCUGUGUCUCUUGGUGGAUCUUCUCCUUCCAAGUCCUCCUGUACAAUCAGACAUUACAAUGUCCAUGUCCAUAACAUCACCUUAUGUUUUCCAUCUCAUCUCACUUCUAUGUAAUGACAGACUGCAGCAGGGAAAAUCCAGUUCCUAAAAAUAACCCCUGGAUAUUGUCUGAGUCUGGCUGUGUUUUGUGUGCAGCAUUCAGUGGAGGUAGUUACUUAUUAAGGCAGCACCAAACAACUCAGCUGACUGCAGGUCUGUGUCAGUGACCGCUAAGUCACUGACCCGCUAACCAUGAGUAUAUCAUCUGUGGGAGUGUUGUCAAGUUUUGGCCAAGUUAGAAUCAAAUGAAGAAGACCUAAAUCCUUCAACGGAGUUAAUUUGGAUUUUUGCACUUGCUGUUGCAUUGUUUUUAUAAGCUGUAAUGUUGCAUGAUUUAUUUCCAUCCAGUUUCACAUUAAGUUUUGUUGAAAUUUCAUAAAGUAACUUCAUGUCAAAGCAGUUGUAUAAGAACAAAAGGAGAAGCUGUGAAAGGGUGAAAUGAUUUGUGAUUAAUUUUCUUCUUGUGUUGGCAAUGGUUACCUGAAAUAGCUGUUCACUUGCAGUGAACAGGGCUUCUUUAUGUCCAAACUUUACAAGCAAACUCCAGGACAAAACCGGCAGAAGGUGACUAAGCCUAUCUGAAUGCACAAUGAGGAGCAAAGGCUUUUGGGUGACAGUUUUGUGAGGAAGAUUUCACACAAGCUGCAUCUGUCCAAGAAAAAAACAUCAAGACCAAACAAAAUUUCUGCAGGAGCAAUGACAAUGGAUGUGAUAAUCCUGAUUCUGAUUGUUUUUGAAUAAGUUGCAGAGAAGAAACGGUGAUGAUACUGAAGCAUCCUGACACAAUCAGAACAGUUAAUUGGAUGCUUCUGAUCCAAGAGAGUAACUUCAUAUUAAGAGUAUCAAAUCAUGAUAUAAAAGUACUUUCUCAAGAAUUCAAACAGAAUUUGGUGAAAGCAAAACAUAAACGGAUCAACCUCAAGGGCGUUGAAGCCAGGAGUGGGUCACUACUGGUCAAGAUUGUCCCAGUACUUACAAAGAUUUCUGUUAUACCAGAAUGAGUAGCAGAAAUUGAGAAGGUGAAGGGUCAACUCUGUAAAUACUGACUAUCCACUUUCAUUUAGUAUCUUGCAGUAAAAGCUUUUGACAAAAUAUAUUUGAUCUUUAUCCAAUUUACCAUGAGAACCAGCUGCCAUAUUGUUUGACUAGAACAGCAGUUUGGCCAGUGUUGCGUAGUAACGAGUUACUCAAUUACAUUUGCUUGAGUAACUUUAUUAAAAAAAAUAUAUACUUUUAGUAUUUUUACUUCUUCUUUUACUCGAAUAAUUGUAUUAUGAAGUAUUGCUCCUCUUACUUGAGUAAAAUUUCUGAAUUUUCUACCCACUGAAUGAAAAACAAACUUGUUUAAACCAAAAACCACCAGACACACACCUGCAGUUUCUAUUAAAGUUUCAUAAGUUUUUUAUUGAAAGAAACUGAUUUGGAAAAAUUAUUUUGCCUGAUUUUGUAAUUUUUGUUAAAUAUAUGAAUUAUUGACAUUUUUGUUCUUAAAAUGGCAAAAG